AUGAAAGUCACAAAGAUCUUAUAUUUCGUUUUUUUCAUGUUUGCCUUGAAUUUUAUUGCCCCUAAUAAUGAACAUAAUGGAUAUGUUGAAGCAAAGAAAAAACUAACACCUGCAGAAAUUAAAAAGAGAAACCAAAAAUAUAUGAUGUACUCUGCUAUUGCAUCAGGUAUAGCAGUACUUCUUGGUGCUAGUAUAGGUUUAGGAGUUCACUUCUCAAAACAAAAAGCUCCCAAAAAAAAGAUAAUAAGACAAGUAGUAAAGAAAACUGCAGCAUAA